UCACAAAUCUUAAAGAGCUGCAGAACGGCCCGACCGUCCGGUCCGCUCGAGUUGCAUCCGCAGGCCCGGUUCAGCCGAUCCGGUUCGCCAGUCCCAUCACCUUCUCCUCCUCGGCGAGGCCGCCCAGCCCAGCUCAGCCGCUUCGAACCUCCAGCUCUCCGGCCUCGAACCACCGCCAUGGACCCGAUCGCGUCGUUCCUCGAAUCGCUUCAAGGGGCGGCCAGAUCGGCCCAUGAGUUCGUCUCCGGCGUCGUCCACCGCCGCGACGGCCCCGCUCGCCGCCGUCCGGUACGCCCCCCUCUUCCGCCGCCGCCUCGUUUUCGUCUCCAUCCUGUUUCGCUCGCGGCGGUCCAGGGUUUUGUCGCUGCUUGUCUCCUGCGCUCGUUCUUCUAAAUCCCAUCCAUUUGCGGCAUAGCUUCGUGCUUCGCGUGAUGUGAACUGUUGUCUACCCUUCGCGGGAGGCCGAUGAUGAUGAUGAUGCUAAGAGCGGUUAGUAGUUGUUGAUUAGACGUGGAGGAUGAAUCAGAUAGAACUCCGACAUCUUCUUAGUAGAAUUAUAGAGAAAGAAGCAGCUGGUGAGAGAAAGAUCUGGACAGGCGACGGGACAGGCGCUCCCAAGUCGAAAUUCGCAUGCAAUUUUUUUAUGUAAAGUUAAUGGAUUCUACGAGUUGGAUGAUGCAAUUUCUUCGAUAGAUCACAUGAUUGAAAUCUUAAAGCGGUUGCAGAGGGAAGCAUUUUCAGACAUUAUGAAACUGAGGGACAGACAAGACAAAGUCGAGCGCGUCCUCACUUUUUAUAAGGCUUCCAAGGACAGUCCUUUCCAGGAAGCCAGUACCCAUGUGCGGGGGGAGGUUGAUGUUUUGGGAGGUCUUUUGAAGAUUAAUAACGUUGAUCAGCAGGAUUAUGGUACUUUCCCAGGACCCGGAAUUCGAACUGGAAUUGACACGAAGUUCACUUUCGAAACAACUGUCCGCGAGAAAGAUGUGCUCGUGGCACAGUUUAUUGCGGGUCAAAGGGGCAGAGAAGAUGUGAAUGGUUUUCUAGAAAGCCCACCACUUUCCCUAGCAAAAGUGUUCUACAAGGCACAUCUCAGUGAUUGGUUUUCUGUGAUGGCAGUCCCAAUUGGAGCUCAAUGCAGAGAUGUUGGUGUCAUUCCAAGUUGUUUUCAUCAGGGAAAGGGUCUCACUGAAAAUUCGUGUUCUGGACCUCCCCUGAUAAAUCAUCACAGUGGCAGUGCCAUCGGACUAACCGUAAGAAAAUCAAAUAUUGCUGCCUCGCUCGGUCAAUGUGUUUCUGGAUUGCGGAGGCAUAUCGGUUCUGGCGAAAUUGAGCAGUUGUUUAGUACUUUCGGUCAAGUUGUGUGUCAAAUUCCAGGAAAAACAAAACUCUCUCUUUUGGGUCUUCAUGAAUUUCAGAGACUAUCUAAUCGACAUCUUUCUUGUGGACCCCUUUCAGUUCCUAUAAGUUUACUGAAGCAAGACAGGGAUCAUGCCACAUUUGGAGAAUCUUCUAGUCAAACCAUGGGAGAGAGCACAGAAGGUUACGCGUCAUCUGGAUCUGUCGCUCUGAUGCUGGAGUCGGAGUUGGAUGAGGAUAUAAGACUAGGAGCUUGGAUGGAGAUGAAAAGGUCAAAUCCCAAACGCGUAGAAUGGGCUGUCAGCUUGUCUGAUGAUUGCAAUGAUGAACUGGGCUGGGGUUUGAGUCUCAGUGGGACAUCUGAAGGUCAGUCCAGAUGGGAUCGGUUUCAGGCCGAAUCUUAUAUUAAGUUCAACAUAGGCAAGAAAUUUAACCUGCGCCCUGGUGUUGUACAUGUAAUUGAUGGGAAUGCCAGAUUAACAGCUUUCAUGGUUCGGUCGAACUGGUCCUUUUGAUUUCUGUCCAUGUAACAGGGCCAAGUUCCAAUUCUUUUUGAGGUAGGGUGUUAGCCUUCUUCAGUUAUGUUGGUGGCAGAUCAUUUUCUUUCCUUUACCACAUGUAAUCACUUAGAUUAUGACCGGCAUGUUUGAGAAAAGGGUAGGAACUGUGGAAAGUUGUCUA